AGUCACAACACAUUCAGUUCAGUUCAUUCAAUCUCGACGGUAGGGGACGGACGUGUUCAGUUCAAUCAGCAUUCAGCUGUUCAAUUAAUCCGGUAGAAUUUAACAACACAAACAAUGGUAAAAGUAGAAGUCAAAUACACUAAGUUGUUCAUCAACAACGAGUGGGUGGAUGCUGUCAGUAAGAAGACUUUUCCAACUAUAAAUCCGCACGAUGAAACAGUUAUUGCAGAGGUCGCUGAAGGAGAUAAGGCUGACGUCGAUAUUGCAGUGGCAGCUGCCAAGAAAGCAUUUCACCGGUACUCCCCAUGGCGUAUCUUAGACGCAUCUGGAAGAGGACUUCUAAUGCUCAAAUUGGCUGAUCUCAUAGAAUCUCAAGCGAAAUACUUGGCUGAGCUUGAAACUCUCGACUGUGGAAAACCAGUUAAAACAGCUGAAGAAGAAUUUUAUUACUCGGCUACCGUGCUAAGAUACUACGCAGGAAAAGCAGACAAAAUUUUGGGGAAUACUAUUCCUGCUGAUGGCGAAGUUAUGUCUAUGACAAUCAAAGAGCCUGUCGGAGUAUGUGCUCAAAUUAUACCAUGGAACUAUCCCAUUCCAAUGAUGUCGUGGAAGAUAGCACCAGCACUAGCAGCAGGCUGCACAAUAAUAGUGAAACCAGCGGAACAGACACCGCUUACCGCCCUCGCCGUGGCAGCUCUCAUCAAAGAAGCGGGAUUCCCUCCCGGCGUAGUCAACAUCAUCCCAGGAUACGGGCCCACCGCUGGGGCCGCGCUUACCCACCAUCCCGAUGUCGAUAAAGUCGCCUUUACUGGUUCCACUGAGGUGGGAAAAAUAAUCCUCGGAGCGGCGUCGGCGGUGAACCUGAAGCGAGUGACCUUAGAACUGGGUGGCAAGAGCCCUCUAGUGGUGUUUAAUGAUGCUGAUGUGGAGAAGGCAGCACAGAUAGCACACGGAGCGGCGUUUGCCAACGGUGGUCAGUGCUGCUGUGCCGGCACCCGCACCUACGUGCAGUCGGGCAUCUACGACCAGUUCGUGGCCAAGGCGGCCGAGAUUGCAGCCAAAAGAUCCGUGGGGAACCCCUUCGAUGACGUCGAGCAAGGGCCACAGAUCGAUCAGGACAUGUACUCCAAGGUACUGGGCUACAUCGAGGCUGGCAAGGCUGGUGGCGCAAAGUGCGUGGUCGGUGGUGACAAGUUGGGUGACAAGGGAUACUAUAUCAAGCCGACCGUUUUUGCAGAUGUCAAGGAUGACAUGAAAAUCGCUAAAGAAGAGAUCUUUGGCCCAGUGCAGAGCAUCCUGAAGUUUGAAACAUUCGAGGAGAUAGUGGACCGUGCUAACGACACCAACUACGGGCUCGGUGCUGGGGUCAUCACCAACGACAUCACCCUGGCGAUGAGCUUUGCUAAAUACGUGCGCGCUGGUUCCGUAUGGAUAAACAUUUACGACCACGUCACAAGCCAGACACCAUUCGGUGGUUUCAAGGACUCCGGCAUCGGUCGAGAAUUGGGAGAAGAUGGUAUCAACCAAUACCUCGAGACUAAAACUAUUACUUUAGCUCUACCAAAGGUUCCACAAUUUUAAUUAACCGCAAAAACAUUUAACGCGUAACGAUUUUAUAACAUUUUAUACCUGUAUAAGUGCCAAAUAUUUAAAUAUAUUAUAUUAUUUUCUUAA